AUGGCUGACGACAAGAAACCCACGACACUAGCUCCCCCCGCCGUCACGGCACUCAAGCAUGAGGCCACCUCCUCGCCUGGCCACCGACAUGGCAUGGAGAGGACCGUUAGCCAGGACAUGCGCAAUGAACGUGCAGACCUCAAGGAGGCUGCCGAGCACAGUCUGAACAUCAUCAUGGACCUGGACCUCGAGGGCAAGAUCCGCUACGUCAGCCCCUCGUGGACCGAUGUCAUUGGCACUCUGCCCGCCCAAGUCACGGGCAAGCCGGUGCUCGAUUUGAUAUGCUCCAGCGCAGACGGCUUUGCGGAAGCAAUCGAGUCCGUCAGAAAGGACGAUUCGAGGAGCCACAUUGCCCGUUUCACCAUCCAACUAGGUCCCCAUUCUAUUCUGCGCCAACGACGGCCCAAGCACUCUGUUGCCCAGGGCCAAGAGUCUACGCCACGCUCACCAACCAAUGUACCCGACGAGGAGGAACAAUUCCUCAAUGUAGAAGCCCAGGGCAUCAUGGUCUACGAUCGAACAACUGGAGCCGAGAGCCACACCAUGUGGAUGGUGAGACCCUCGGUCAUUCGUGAGGUCACCAUUGAUCUUCCAGAGGUCCUUGUCGAGGCCCUUGGCGUCGGAGCAGAAGUCCUCGCUCACUACCUGACAGGCCUUGCCGAACAAAGUACUACCGAUCCUGGAAACUGUGCUCCGCCACUACCUGUUCUCUGCCGCAUUUGUGAACGGCAGAUUACCCCUUGGUGGUUUGAGAAGCACUCUGAACUCUGUCUCCAGGAGCACCGCGCAGAAAUGGAUGUGCAAAUGGCCCAAGAGACUCUUGCAGAACACCGCAACGCGAUUGUCAAGGUCCUCGACACUCUCGAGUCUCACAGCCAGCGCUCAAGACCUACCUCGAUAGAUUCUGUACAACCCUUUCAACCCGCAGAAUACAAAGGCCUCAUCAUCCACUCGACAUCGAGUCCCUCUUCGGGCAGUCCUUCUGGCACUCCCUCUGGCCGCAACUCUCCAGCAUCCCCGCCCUCGCGAUCUCGCGAGCGCUCCGAGCGCCCAUCAGGGUUUGGCCAUCAUCGUGCACGGUCAUUUGCCGUCCGAAGACCCUUGGCGCGCAUCGUUGAGUUAGUCCUCGACUUAUGCGACACCGCUCUUGAGAUCAACACACCAGCGGUCAAGGACAAUACCCGCGGCCAGUCAGUCGCAGAGAUUCGCACCCAAUCGCCACAAUCUGAGAAUCGCAUAUCACAGGUUCUCCAAUGGCAGUCGCCCACUACGGGCUCAGCUGACCAUACUGAGGGCCUCAAGCUGUUGUGUGAAGACACUAGUAAACUUGCAAGAGCAAAGGUUGACGCCGUCACACGCCACCGACGUGUUCUCGAGUACUCUGAGCGGCUGCGCAUCGAAUUUGACAUUUUGGUUCAGGAGUGCAUUGAAGCCGCCAUUCUGAAAGCUGCGCGUAUCGCUGCAGGCGAAGACAGCUCGUCCGAGGAUGAGCGACAGGAAGAAGUACAGUCAGAUACCAACGACGCAGAUACAGCUACCGACACAGCCCCCGGUGAAGAGGGGAUGUUCCCAUGUUCAUUUGAUCCCCCCUCUUCAAUGGCGCAUGCCCUGCGCAGCACAUCAGAUGCCUCGUUGCCAGCACGAGUGGGGCGCCGCGAGUCUUCGGUGGCUGGCUCCAAUAGAUCUAGCAGUCCAAGAGGAGGAUGCCAAACACCACGAUCACACGUUGGUGCCAUCAGUAUAGCAACACACAACAAGCGCCAGUCCAUGCAUUUUGAAAGUGACAAUGGUGCCGAGAGUGACACCAGCAUGCGUUCGUCUGUACUCUCUGGUCCGCGCCGAGCCGACUCGCCCGCGACCUCUGAUGUUGGCUUAGGUAGAGUAGCUAGCUCGCGAGAGCGCAAGCGCAAGAGCUUGAUACUGCCGAGUGUCAUGUCCAGUCGGCAGCAAUCGCCAGCUCGCUCCAUGGUGCCCCCGCCUUCUUCACCUCUUCGGACAACCAAGCCACGCCUUCCUAGUGGUGUUGAAGGUAUCCACUCACCAAUCACCUCACCCGUCCUACAGACAACCGAGUUUUCGUCGCCGGCCAUGAUGCACACAAUACAACAUCACCGCAGACAGUCAUCUACUGCUGGCUCAGACGGCCCGAGGCCGAUCUCCCCUCGCCUCAUUGCCUCCACCCAGCCACAGCCACGGGCGGUUCCCCCGUCUAUCAAAGAUUUUGAAAUCAUUAAGCCAAUCAGCAAGGGCGCCUUUGGCAGUGUUUACCUUGCAAAGAAAAAGUCCACUGGCGAGUAUUAUGCCAUCAAGGUCCUGAAAAAGGCCGAUAUGGUUGCAAAAAAUCAAGUCACCAACGUCAAAGCUGAGCGUGCCAUUAUGAUGUGGCAAGGCGAGAGUGACUUUGUCGCAAAGUUGUACUGGACCUUUUCCAGCAAAGAUUAUCUGUAUCUGGUCAUGGAAUACCUGAAUGGUGGCGAUUGCGCUUCGCUGAUCAAAGUUCUUGGAGCUCUGCCUGAAGAUUGGGCUAAGAAGUACUUGGCUGAGGUUGUUCUGGGGGUAGAGCAUCUGCACAGCCGCAGCAUUGUUCACCGCGACUUGAAGCCUGAUAACCUUCUCAUUGACGGCAAAGGCCAUCUGAAGCUGACUGACUUUGGUUUGUCACGCAUGGGUAUGAUUGGCCGUCAAAAGCGUGCCCUAAAAUCAGUGGAGCCGGCACCCGACCUGCUGAAGACAGGUCCCUUUCAUCGUGCAACAUCUGUGGGGUCGUCACGGUCUGCGUCGUUUGAUCUUAACCACUCACCUACGCAAACACCGGCUAUGACACCCGCGCUUACCGGUGAUAUUGGCCAGCCGUCAUACUUUAGCCUGAACCGAGAGACUUCGCAGCAAAGCCGUGAACGGUCGAGACGGCCUUCAGGAACUCGGAGCGAUAGUCAAGACAGUGAUGCACUGCAAGCCAUGUUCCGCCGUUUUUCAAUAGUUGACGACUCGUUCAGUCACCCUCGUGGAAGAUCGCCUAUAGAAGAGGAAGCGCUUAGUGACGACGGCUCGCCAGAUUCAUACGCAGUACCCGUCUCAAUGAGCCACAGCGGAUUGGCUCAGAACAGCGUGCUCGGCCCAACCUCUACAAUGCCACCUCCGCCCAUGACCUUGUUUGACCCCGAAGACAGCGAUCGGCGGUUCGUUGGCACUCCUGAUUAUCUGGCUCCAGAGACUAUUGCAGGCAAUGGCCAGGAUGAAGUCAGCGAUUGGUGGUCCCUAGGGUGCAUCUUGUUCGAAUCGCUCUAUGGGUACCCACCUUUCCAUGCCGAUACCCCAGAUGAAGUGUUCCAGAAUAUCCUUGCGCGAAAAAUUGACUGGCCAGCGGACGACGAUGAGCUCUAUGACAUCUCAGACGAAGCAAAAGACUUGAUGAAUCGACUCAUGUGCUCGGAUCCGGCGGAGCGAUUGGGUGCAAAUAAGGACGAAAAGUUUGCUAGUGGUGGUGAGGAGAUCAGAAGCCACCCCUGGUUCGCUGGCAUCAACUGGGACACGCUGCGAGACGACGAAGCUUCGUUCAUUCCUGCACCUGAAAACCCAGAAGAUACAGAGUACUUUGAUUCUAGAGGAGCAGCCAUGGGCAACUUCAAUCCAGAGUUCGAAGACCAGGCUACUACACCUGCAGGCACGCCCAGUGCCGACUACCCUGAUCGACCUCAUGAUGCUCUAUCUAGAGUACGGUCGCAAGUGACCGUGUCGACCAUGAAGCGUGGACUCAUCCCGCUUCAUAUCCCAGCGCAUGUUCGAGAGGGCAGGACACGGCGGCUUAGCGAGCCCAUGGCUGCUGACGAUUUUGGCAACUUCAGCUACAAGAAUCUACCGGUUCUAGAAAAAGCCAACAAGGACGUGAUUCAAAAACUGCGUGCCGAAGCUAUGCUCCCGCAGAACAAGCCAACGCCUCCUCUCCAAUCGCCCAACGUUACAUCGCCUUCGCCAUCUUUGGAGAACAGCCCAAUGCUACCUGGUUCUCUGAAACGUACGCUUUCUACCAACAGAGCCCCUGGACGGCCAUCGUCUCCUUCUGUUAGCGGACCACAUUCCUCUCCUAGUCGUGGCUCGCAACCCUCCUCGCCGUUGCUCGUACAAUUCAGUACUGGACAACACCACGACAGACGAAAAACGUCUAGCAGCUCGUCUACAUUGUCGCACUCGACGAGUAACCCUUCAACACUGCAGCCCGGCGUAUCAGGCAUGAGGCCGUCUCCGGAUGGCAUUUCGCCAAUCAAACUCCCCAAAACCCCAUCAUCGACAGGGAAUUCUCAAGACAAAGCUGCAGCUGGACAACGUCAGACAUUUACAGGGUCCGCGAUCGCCGACUCGCCUCGGGCUCGAUCGCAGACCAUUGGAUCUCAAGAAGAGGACAUUAUACACAACUUGCUGCCAGGACACUACAAACGAAGAAGCCAGGUCCUUGACGUCUCACCAUCGUCAUCGGAUACCGAGGAUUCUCGCGCCAAAGCUCUUCUCCGCGUACAGCGACGCAGACAAAGUUCUCGUAGGUUGUCUCAGAUCAGCUUUGGCGACGGCCCAUUCUUCCGGCCACUGGACGUCUUGAUCUGCGAAGACCAUCCGGUCUCUCGACUUGUCAUGGAGAAGCUGCUGGAAAAGCUGCGUUGCCGUACAUUGACAGUUACCAAUGGCUCCGAGGCAAUCCGUUACGCUAUGGGAGAAGUCAAAUUUGAUGUCAUCAUGAUGGAGUUCCGGCUGCCUCAAGUCAAUGGUGCAGACGUUGCCCGCAUGAUCCGCGACACAAAGAACGCGAACACGCACACUCCUAUUGUUGCUGUCACGGGGUAUCUCAAGGAACUCCAAGCACCACACUAUUUCGACGCCCUCAUUGAGAAGCCACCCACAGUUGCUAAGCUCACCGACACGCUAAGCAGGUUGUGUCAAUGGAAAGCGCCCCCGCCAGGAUGGACGCCAAAUCAAUCAUUCCCGUCGAUCAUGCCUGCGUCUGGCCUCCGUCAAGAGUCUUCGCGCCAGGAAGAUAGCCCCUCUUCGCAUUCGUCAGGCUUCCCGGCUGUGCCCUCGGCCAGCUACCGAGGCUCUAGCCGCGAAGACUCGAUUAGCUCUAGCUUUUUUGGUGACAACGACAGUCGCGCAGGCGAGGACAUACCUGUCAGAAUCCACAACACAGACGAUUGGCGGGAGCGAGAUAUGGCGCGAGCCAUAGGUGGUCUGGCAAUUGGGGAUGAUGCCGCUAAUGCAGAUACCAAGAAUGCUCCCUCCAAUCGUGGCGGUCCACCUGACCUACCCCACGGGGACUCCACACAACCUUCUCUCGAGGAGGCAACGAUCCGCCGUCAGAGAUCGACAGAGCAAGUGGGCGCAAAGCGCCGUAUACUCGAAACACGAAAGCAUGAAUCAGCAGAGUCUGGUGACGACGAGGACGACGAAUUGGGCCACGCUCCUAUCCGUACUCGGAGCCCAAAGUCGCGACCAAAGUCAACUUCGAAGCUCGGGAUUGAAAUGAUGCGCACAAACAGCAGAGGUAGUGUCAUUUCCGUCGAAGACCUUGGCCAGCCAGAUUCGACGUUGCCUUCGUCCCCACCUCCCAUGAUCACAGAGGAUCGGGCAGCAGAGGAAUAUGAAGGUAACCUUCCCACAUCCGGGUCUGCACCUUCAUUACUCACACCGCCCGUCAUCUUCCCCGAACAACCCGGCGAUGACGUCGAGGAGUUUGUCAUGGAAACGCCAAAGGCACAAAAGGAAACGGCUAGUCCAGAUCCAGAUCCGACACCCAAGGCAAAGAAUGCCUUGCCGAAGCCGAACAAUGCGAGCGGUGACUAG